AUCUGCUCACGCGGGCCAACGGUGGCGAGCAGCGACCUGAGUUCAGUGGUUGCAGACUGCAGUUGUGCUGAAACUGGCAAAGGGGACGUCUGCGACAGGACUCAGUAGUGUGGAACUUACCCCAGCAGAAAGGAGAAAAUCGGGUUCAUUCGCUCCUCUCUUCAUUGAAUCCUGUCAGCAACCCUCCUCCUCUUGCCCAGAAGUUGAAUGAAGCACUUGGAUUUCACCAAUAGAAGAAAAGAAGGGUUGAUUGCAAACAGGACCAUAUUCGGAGCUGAAAUGGAGCAAACAGUUGGUGAGCCAAUGAGAGACCAAGUCACAGGCACACGUUUGACGGAAGACAUUCCAAAAGCCAAGAAGUGCACGGUGAUCGGAGGCUCUGGGUUCCUGGGGCAGCACAUGGUGGAGCAGUUGCUGGCAAGAGGCUACACUGUCAAUGUGUUUGAUAUGCGGCAGGGUUUCGACAGCCCCCGGGUGCAGUUCUUUCUGGGCGACCUCUGCAGCCAACAGGACCUGUACCCAGCUCUGAAAGGUGUAAGCACAGUUUUCCACUGUGCUUCACCCCCACCAUCCAGUAACAACAAGGAACUCUUUUAUAGAGUGAAUUACAUUGGCACCAAGAACGUCAUUGAAACUUGCAAAGAGGCUGGGGUUCAGAAACUCAUUUUAACCAGCAGUGCAAGUGUCAUAUUUGAGGGCGUUGACAUCAAGAAUGGAACUGAGGACCUCCCUUAUGCCAUGAAACCCAUUGACUACUACACAGAGACAAAGAUCUUACAGGAGAGAGAAGUCCUGGGCGCCAAUGAUCCUGAGAGGAAUUUCCUAACCGCAGCCAUCCGCCCCCAUGGCAUUUUCGGCCCAAGAGAUCCCCAGCUGGUCCCCAUCCUCAUCGAGGCAGCCAGGAAAGGCAAGAUGAAGUUCAUGAUUGGAAACGGGGAGAACUUGGUGGACUUCACCUUUGUGGAGAACGUGGUCCAUGGACAUAUUCUGGCUGCAGAGCACCUUUCCCAAGACACAGCCUUGGGUGGCAAGGCUUUCCACAUCACCAAUGAUGAACCCAUCCCUUUCUGGGCAUUCCUGUCCCGCAUCCUGACGGGUCUCAAUUACGACGCCCCCAAGUACCACAUCCCCUACUGGGUGGCCUACUACCUGGCCAUGCUGCUGAACCUCCUGGUGAUGGUGAUCAGUCCUGUCAUCCAGCUCCAGCCCACUUUCACACCGAUGCGGGUUGCGUUGGCUGGCACAUUCCACUACUACAGCUGCGAGAAAGCCAAAAAGGCCAUGGGCUACCGGCCACUGGUCACCAUGGACGAUGCUGUGGAAAGAACUGUGCAGAGCUUUCACCACCUGAGGAAGGUCAAGUGAGGCCUGAGACUCGGCCCUCUUGCCACAUUCCCCCGCCAAUAACUCUCCCCUGUGGAUCAAUAAACUAACCU